GCGACUUACAGACGCUGGCGUCGCCUCAAUUCAGCUAACAUCGAAAUGCUGGCCACAAGCACAGCGAACCAGAGCUUCGGCUUGAGUCCCGGGGAUGUGCAGUGCACGCCGAACGGCAUUGGCAUCUGGAGCGGAAUGGUACAAAUGCUGCUCCAAGCGCUGCUCACAGCCCAGUGCAAUGUCGCACCCACGUCCCUUUGGCCGCCGGACCAUGGCCAACUGCUGCUGGCCGAAGACCAAGCCCACCAAGAGCCCUAUGACUUUGUCGUCAUUGGCGCCGGCUCCGCGGGCUCCGUCAUCGCCAGCCGGCUCAGCGAGAAUCCCAAUUGGCGUGUGCUCGUCCUAGAGGCGGGCGGCGAUCCGCCCGUCGAAUCCGAGCUGCCGGGAUUGUUGUUUGGACUGGAGUUCUCGGAGUUCAUGUGGAACUACAAGACAGAGAACAGCGGCACAGCAUGCCAGGCGCAGCAGAAUGGACAGUGCUAUUGGCCACGCGGUCGUAUGCUCGGCGGCACAGGAGCGGCCAAUGCGAUGCUCUACGUAAGAGGCAAUCGGCGCGACUUUGACCACUGGGCGGAGCUGGGCAACGAGGGCUGGAGCUAUGACGAAGUGCUGCCAUACUUUGAGCGCUCGGUGCGCCCGGCGGGCAAUGCGACUCAUCCACAGGGCUAUGUGACGCUGAACCCGUUCGAGCUGCAGCACGAGGACAUACAGAAUAUGAUACGCGCCGGCGGCCAGGAGCUGGGCGUGCCCAGUGUGGCAGACUUUGUCGAAGGCAGCUUCGUGGGCUACGCCUCUGUGCAGGGCACGGUGCGGCACGGACAUCGCAUGAGUCCCGCCAAGGGACAUUUGUCGAAAAUCGCGGAGCGCCCCAAUCUGCAUGUGGUGAAGCGGGCGCAGGUGACCCAGCUGCAUUUCGAUGCAGCUGCCGAGCGCCUGGAGGCCAUUAGCUUUGUGCGGGACGAGCGCACCUAUCGCAUUGGCGUGGCCAAGGAGGCAAUACUGUCAGCGGGCGCCAUCAACUCGCCGGCGCUGCUCAUGCGCUCGGGCAUCGGGCCACGCGAGCAUCUGGAGCAACUGCAGUUGCCUGUGGUGCAGGACCUGCCUGGCGUGGGCGCCAAUCUGCAGGAUCAUGUGGUCGUGCCGCUCUUCAUCCAGCUGGACGCCGGCGUGGCCAAGGCAGCCAGCCAGCAGGAUAUACUGGACGACAUCUAUGAAUAUCUGACACAACACAGCGGCACACUCGCCGCCCAUGGCACCGCGUCGUUGGUGGGCUUCGUCAACUCGAACAGCAGCAGCGAUGCUCGCUAUCCGGACUUGGAGUUUCACCAUCUGUUCUUUCAACGCGGCCGCCACGAUAGCCUGAAGCUGUUCCUGCAUGGACUCUCCCUGCAGCAGCGCUAUGUGCAGCACUUGCAGAGUCAGCUAAGAGACUCCCAUUUGCUUUGCAUCUUUGUGCUGCUCGCCCAGCCCCUGUCCGCGGGCAGAGUACGCCUGCAGAGCACGGACUACCAGAAGCCGCCGCAGCUGUUUAGCAACUAUUUGGCUGAGUCAGUGGAUGUGGAGACGCUGCUGCGCGGCAUACGACAUCAGGAGGCAAUGGUGAAGACGCAGUCCUACAGGCAGCACAGCGCCCAGCUGAUGCACAUGCCCAUCGAGGAGUGCGACGGAGCCUCGAGCGAGUACGCCAGCGAUGACUACUGGCGUUGCUAUGCCAAGUACUUCACCACCACCUGCUACCACCAGACGAGCACCGUCAAGAUGGGCCCCGCUUCAGAUCCAGCCGCCUGUGUCAACCCACGCCUGCAGCUGCGCGGCAUCUCCAAUCUGCGUGUGGCCGAUGCUAGCGUCAUGCCCGCCGUGGUCAGCGCCAACACGAAUGCCGCCACGGUCAUGAUUGGCGAGCGAGCAGCGGACUUUAUUGCCCAGCACUGGACGAAGCCGACACAGCAAGCGCAUUUGCACGAGGACAUGUAGACUGCACGGGGUCAGCUGGUGCCUCAACUCUGAUACACAUUUAAAUAAAGUCUAUAAAUAUUUGCCUUAUGAA